CGCCGCCGCCGCCGCCGCCGUCGCCGCCGUCGCCGUCGCCGCUGCCGCCGCCGCCACUACCGAGGCCGAGCGGAGCCGUUAGCGCCGCGCCGCAGUCGCCCCCCCACCCCGGAGCAGCCCGGGCCCACCCGCCCGCUUCCAGAUUAAAAAAAAGAAAAAUACAAUGUCUAAUGGUUAUGAAGACCACAUGGCCGAAGACUGCAGGGAUGACAUCGGGAGAACGAAUCUGAUCGUCAACUACCUCCCUCAGAACAUGACGCAGGACGAGCUGCGCAGCCUCUUUAGCAGCAUCGGCGAAGUUGAGUCAGCAAAGCUCAUCCGGGACAAGGUCGCAGGACACAGCUUGGGCUAUGGUUUUGUCAACUAUGUGACUGCCAAGGACGCGGAGAGAGCAAUCAACACACUGAACGGCCUGCGGCUCCAGUCAAAGACCAUUAAGGUGUCGUAUGCACGCCCAAGCUCAGAGGUCAUCAAAGACGCCAACUUGUACAUCAGCGGGCUCCCAAGGACCAUGACCCAGAAGGAUGUGGAGGACAUGUUCUCUCGGUUCGGGCGAAUCAUCAAUUCCCGGGUCCUUGUGGAUCAGACCACAGGUUUGUCCAGAGGGGUUGCGUUUAUCCGGUUUGACAAACGGUCGGAAGCAGAAGAGGCAAUUACCAGUUUCAAUGGUCAUAAACCCCCAGGUUCCUCUGAGCCCAUCACAGUGAAGUUUGCGGCCAACCCCAACCAGAACAAAAACGUGGCGCUCCUGUCACAGCUAUACCACUCUCCUGCACGGCGCUUCGGGGGCCCCGUGCACCACCAGGCGCAGAGGUUCAGGUUCUCCCCCAUGGGUGUAGAUCACAUGAGUGGGCUUUCUGGUGUCAAUGUCCCAGGAAACGCGUCUUCAGGCUGGUGCAUCUUCAUCUACAACCUUGGGCAAGACGCCGAUGAGGGGAUCCUCUGGCAGAUGUUUGGCCCCUUUGGCGCCGUCACCAAUGUGAAAGUGAUUCGAGAUUUCAACACCAACAAGUGCAAAGGGUUUGGUUUUGUGACCAUGACAAACUAUGAAGAAGCUGCAAUGGCCAUAGCAAGUCUGAAUGGCUACCGCCUGGGGGACAAAAUCUUACAGGUUUCCUUCAAAACCAACAAGUCCCACAAAUAACUCGCUCAUGCUUUUUUUGUACGGAAUAGAUAAUUAAGAGUGAAGAAGUUGAAACUUUUUUGUUAGUGUACAACUCAUUUUGCGCCAAUUUUCACAAGUGUUUGUCUUAGUCUAAAUGAGAAGUGAAAAGGUUUUUAUACUCUGGGAUGCAACCGACAUGUUCAAAUGUUUGAAAUCCCACAAUGUUAGACCAAUUUUAAGUUUCUUAAGUUAUUUCCUUUAAAAUAUAUAUUAAACAGAAACCUAAGUAGACUGCGUUGACUAACCAGUCCCUCUGGAUGGUGGUGAAACUGAAGCAUGCUGUACUUCUAAGACUGUCUAACACUCGUUCAUUCAGUGUCUCCACAAACUGGAUAACUCAAGUGAUCUUUCAGUUUUCGUUUUUUAACCUAAAGAUGUUAGACAGAUGCAGAGUGUGCGUUUUCUCAAUUGCUUCAACAUCUUAAGCGAUGUGUGCUUUGGUUGAUAGGAAGUUGCUUUUCUGAGCGGGUCCCACUGCCACCUCCUGUUCACUCGGUCCCAGGCUCUGCCAAGUGGUCCUGGGAGUGGCAGUGGCCCCGUCCGGCAUGGGCCACCACCAGGGAGGGGGCCGCACACUGGCCUGGGCCGGGCACCCAUGGGAACGGACCAAAGAGUUUCAGGGAAACUCCAGUGUAUUCCAGUCAGCCCCGAGCGCUGGGCACUCCUGAAGGUGUGUCGCCGCUCCGCCACCCCCAGUUUCUGUCCACACUUUGCAUGCAUGGUGCCCCACACAUCGGAUCCUGUUGUUCACAAUGAUUUCUCCAGUUUCCAAGAGCAUUUAACAUAGCUUGAAUGCAUAAGAUAGCUCUAUUUUUUAAUAACACAUAAACAUUUGAGCAUUGUAUUUCUCGCAUCCCUCCUUGUGAGCGCUAGACCUUCUUCUUAGUUGGAUUUUGUUUUGGAAAUUUGCUUUCGUAUGGACACUCAGCAGAAAAGUACUUACUUCUUGCCAGUUAUCUAUUAACAAAAAUCUUUGAUUUGUAGUUUUUAAAGAUUAACCCUCAAAAGUUUUCUUCAUAACUGCCUUGACAUUUUGGGUUGUUCUGUUCUGUUAAUUUUCUUUUGCUUUUUUGUGUUUUUUGUUUGUUUUUACUUUUGCAAUUAAGACCAUUAAAUUUGAUUUUGUUUUGCUCGAGUUUUGUUUUGUUUUUUGUUUUACCUUUUCUUUCUUUUUGGCUAGGGAAGUCACAGGCAGCCCAGCAUUCAGGGAGGGGUCAUAAAAUCUAAAGAGACAAGCACUUGCUUUGAAGGAAAAGCAUUUGGAGACCACAGCCUAGGAAUGGGGAACCACAGAAAGGUGGUUCUUAUGCAGGAAUCCAGUAGGAAGGGGGCAGGCAAGAUGGGAUGUGGGUCUGAGAGGUAGCCAGAAGAGCAUAGCUCAGUUCUGGCAGCUUUGAACCUUGACAUGAGAUGUCAAAUGUGUAACAGAUUGUGUUUUAGUUCCUAAUGUCAUAGGAUGACAGCAUUAUUUAUCUAACUAUCUAUUUAUUUAUUUAUUUAGCUAUUUAUUGAAGUGUAAAACUGAGUAACAGCCACAACCAUCUCCAGAGCAGGUCCACGUCUCUAGAAGCCUUUGGGCAGCGUGAGGCUGUCACUUGCCCCUUUUCCUUUACCCCUCACAGGGGCCGUUUACAUUGUCCUCAUGUAUCACAGAGGCUGCUGUGUGCCCUGAGAUGAUCUCCUCAGAGUGGACCACAGGCCGUGGGGGACCACUUCCUCUUUUCCCAGAAACCCCAGCUCUCCUGGCCGCAUUCAGUACACAGGGACUCCUGCUCUGUCUCCCCAGAGUGCACCUUCUCCCCGGGAACAGAGUGCUUUCCUGGGAAAUGGGCCUUUCGAGUUCCUUGAGCUGGCAUCUUGUGCAGAAAUGUGAAUGCCGGUCCGAGCCCUCUGCCCGCUCCCCUAACUCCUCACAUUCAGCCAGUGUCCUGCCCUUGCAGAGGUUCCUGUCUCAGGCGUGGCCUGUGGAGGGUUCCGAGGGCUCACAGCUGGCACCUCGGCUGCUGCCCUGCCCAGCCCCCACCGCCAAGGCCCAGUCUGAUCCUGGGUGGUCAGUGGACCCCCAAAGCUUCUCAGCUGAGCGAAGGCCUCAUGUCAGGCGGGCUCUGCUGUGAGCAGUCUCUUGCCAAGGGCCCAGGGUGUUCCUUGGGGAAGCGAGCUAAGCCAGGGUGCAAAGGUUUCACUUUGGAAACAGCACUCCUGACAAGCCAUUUGCCAUCGAGGCAAUAGGUGCUGGCCUGGGGCAGUGACUUUCUUAUAUCUUCUCUGGACCCCUUUACAAAGAGCAGAGCCCCCUUUUUAAAAGUGACACCCUGAAGGCUGGGGGUGGCUUGGCAUCAGAGUAGUUGCCAGCGUACUCGAAGCCCUGGGCUUCAUCCCUGGCACUGCAGAGAAGAGAAAAAAAAAUGUCACGACCCAAAAGAAAUCAUUCAGAACUACAGAGGCCCGUUGUGUUUCUAUCAAGCACAAUGGGCCCUUCUCCUUGUUUGGGGGAUUUUGAUGAGAGAGAAUGAAGAGCAGGUGAUUAAUGUUAGAGUACCCAGCAUCUGGCUCAGUGAAUCCCAGGAGGCCACAGGGGAACUCACCUCUUUGGAUACUGACCACAGCCUCAACAGCUCUGAGCCGGUGCAACAGACUCCCGCUGAACUGUCCGCUUCUCCUCGGGUGGCCCCUGCGCUAGCUGUACCUCCGGUCCCCGUACCGGGUCUGCUGUCUGCUCCAUGGCCACCCCCUCCCCAGUGAGAGCUUGGCUUCCUCCCGAGGCAGGUGAGUCCCACCGAGCACAGCCGUCUUAACCUUGAGAGUCUGCCUUUAGCGUUAGUUCAGGGACUGAACCGGGCUGCUCUGGGGACUACGGAACUGCCCCCAGACAGCCAUCUGUUAGUCUCUAAACUGUUGAGAUGCCCCAGUCCAGCACUGGCCUUGAAGGUGGAAGUGGACAUCUCGCCACUGUUCAUUUCCCAUCAGAUGGCCUGGCUUCAUCCCCAUGUGCUUUGGGCUGCCAGCUGCCUGCUUCGAAUGCCCAGGUGGAAUACACUGGCGAGGCCUCCCUCCCCUGGAGCAUUCGGGUCCCUUGUCCCUUCCUGUCCUCCCAGGACCCGCCUCACCCCCUGGGACCUGAGGCAGCUUCUUAGGAGAGACCCCACCUUCCUCCCUGAGACAGCUCUGAGGUUGCAGUGCUUUCCGUCCAGUGGCAUCAGUGAUUGGCACGUUCUCACCCGAGCCGUGGAACUCAAGUCUCGCCCACACGGGCAUUUGCCCCCUGACCUCUAACAAUUGUAUUACAUCCCUACAGCCUUUCAGUGAUGUGGUUUUUUUGUUGUGUUGUUGGUCAUUAAAAACAAACAAAAAAAAAAACCUCGUAAGUCACUGAAUGCAAGGGCCUAAGUUAGGCUGGCAGGGCUUGGUGAGGACUGUGUCCCCCCCAGAGCGAAGGCUUGCCCACCGAUGCUUGGGGUAACUUCUCCCCCGUGAUGGUCCAUGGACAGGGGCUUGCUUGGGGGAAGGGUGGGCGCGGCCAGCUGAUUCCCACUUUGUACAGUAGAUGGUUAGACGUUUUUGUAUAUUAGAGCGUUUUAAGUUACUGAUUUGUUUUAUAUGAAAUAAUUUAUUUUCAGGUACCAUUUUUCAUUUUAACUUUGUUUUUACAUCGAUUUGUUUUCAAUAAAGUCUGACACUGCUGUCCAAAAGUCAACAAUAAAAUGAAUCCCCUUGUGUUCUUUCGAGGAUGCUUAUGUUAACUAGCUUUUUCUUUUUCUUUUUUUUUUAAUUAUUUUCAGAAAAAGAAAGGGAAAAAAAGACCCUGAGUUUUCCAUCUCUCCAUUGCCUUUUUUUUUUCCUUUAAACUCUUGUGAAUAAAUGUUCUGUAGUGUUGUAGGAGGAAAAAGCAAACCUAGAUUUUGAUAAUCCAGAAGAUUUCAGAUUAAUAAAGAAGCUUUGAAAGAAGACCAUUUUUCAAAAUUUUAGUGAAGUGUGAAUAUUUUUUGUCAAUGGCUUUCUCAAAGAGAAUGAAACUUUUGCACCAUUUUCAGAGUUUUUAUAGAGAUGCCAAAUUGAUAUAUUUACAUGUAAUGGAAACAUGAAAAAGUUUUAUUAAACAAUUGUUCAUAGCUGUGUAGACAUUUUAAUUCAGAUUCCAAAGCUCUCAAGGCGUAUUUUUGAAGCAUGGAGUGAUACGGUGUGGGGCGUUACUCACGAUGGCAAAGACUCGAUUGUCGAACACUCAGUUCCUUCCGCAGGUGUCAGGUUUGUGUCCAACCCUGUAUGUUACCGAUGACUGGAAUUCUGUGAUAUUUUUGGUAAUAAAUGAAGUGGGAUCAUUGA